CCGGUCAUCCUCUCAACUCUGACUGUUCAGUAGCAUGCAGCAUUUGAACGGAGGCAGCCGGGAGGCGACAAGUAACCGGCCAGAAAUGACUUAACAAUACAUAUGAGGAGGAAACCGACGAUUUGAAAACCAGGAUUUUAAACCUCUGGAUUUUUUUUUUUCCCGAAGUGGAUAUUUUCUUGUAUUCAGUCAUUAAUGUUUGACUACCCUCUGUUUUGCUAGUAACCGUCAAUUUCUCAGAGUAAGCCGACAGGAUAAAACCAUUACAUUCCCUGGCACAGGUCUCAUGUUGUCUGUCUUUACGCUCAUUUUUUUUUAAACAAAAAGAUGUAAUUCCUUCUCUUUCCCAUGAGGUAGCCAAGCCCCGUCGUUGGCAUCUCAAACAGCUGGGUCGUGUCGAGAAAAUUGUGGAUUAACGUUUUUUUUCCCCCUCAAGAAACCUCCCCAGACAUGUUUCAGUGGCCUUUAGCCAAAAUGAGCGUCGAUUUAAUUGAAUCAACUACAUGAUCGGAGUCUAAAUAAACACACAUUUCUCUCCCAGGGAGUGCACAUUUUUUUUCUCUUCCAUAUCUGCUGAAAUAAACGGCGCCAGUUGCCCUGGAAAAAUAUGGAAAGCGAGGUUUUCACCCCUUUGCUGGAGCAGUUUAUGCUCACGCCUCUGGUCUGCUGGGUGAAGACUGUCGGGCAGCUGGCAGUGACCGAUGGCACCAAACUAUCGGAAUAUAUUGAAUUAGUGGACGGGAUUUACCUGAACGAGAUAAUGCUUGAGAUAAAUCCCAAGGCCACAGUGCAGAGGACCAACAAGAAAGUGAACAAUGACCCCACACUGCGCAUCCAGAACCUCUCCAUUCUCAUCAGGCAGAUUAAAGCCUACUAUCAGGAGAAUCUCCAGCAACUGGUCAUGAUGCCUUUACCAAACGUUCUGGUACUGGGCCGGAACCCUCUGUCUGAGCAAGGUCUGGAGGAGAUGAAGAAACUGUUGCUGCUACUACUAGGCUGUGCUGUUCAGUGCGAGAAAAAGGAAGAGUACAUUGAGCGUAUCCAGACUCUGGACUUUGACAGCAAAGCUGCCAUAGCAUCCCACAUUCAAGAGGUGACUCAUAACCAGGAGAAUGUAGUGGACCUGCAGUGGUUGGAAAGUGGAGAAAUGCCACCUGAAGAUCUGGACAGCCUCUCCAGAAACCUGGCUUUCCACCUCAAACGCCUGGUGGAUGAAAGGGACAUACAGCUGGAGACUAUAGUGGAGUUAACCCAGGAGAGAGACUGUGUGCAGUUGUCUCCACUGGCUCCCUGUCCAACACAGUCUCCUGGCGACUCCCCCAGCAUGAGAAGGACCGAAAGCAGACAACAUCUCUCCGUGGAGCUGGCUGAUGCCAAGGCUAAGAUCAGACGCCUGCGACAAGAACUAGAGGAGAAGAGUGAGCAGCUUUUGGACACCAGACAGGAGCUUGAGAACAUGGAGGUGGAGCUCAAGAGACUUCAGCAAGAGAGCUACCAGCUGUUGUCGGAUGCCCGGUCGGCUCGGGCCUACCGUGACGAGCUGGACGCACUCAGAGAGAAAGCGAUCCGUGUCGACAAACUGGAGAGCGAGCUGAGCCGAUACAAGGAGAGACUUCACGACAUUGAGUUUUACAAGGCCAGAGUCGAGGAGCUGAAGGAGGACAAUCAAGUCCUGCUAGAGACUAAGACCAUGCUGGAGGAACAGCUGGAUGCGAGCAGGACCCGAUCUGACAAACUGCACCUCCUGGAGAAAGAGAAUCUGCAGCUCAAAUCCAAGAUCCAUGACCUGGAAAUGGAGCGGGACUUGGACCGUAAGCGUAUGGAGGAGCUGUUGGAAGAGAACCUUGUGCUUGAAAUGGCCCAGAAACAGAGCAUGGAUGAGUCUCUGCACCUGGGCUGGGAGCUGGAGCAACUAGCCAAGACACCAGAGCUGACUGAAACUCCUCAGAAGUCUCUGGGUGAGGAGGUGAAUGAGUUGACCUCCAGCCGUCUGUUGAAGCUGGAGAAAGACAACCAGACCCUGCUGAAGACUGUGGAGGAGCUCAGAGGAGCAGCCGGUCAGGACACUGUGGCAAAACUGGCUAAACUCACCCAAGAAAACCAGAAACUGAACCAGAAAUUUGAGCAUCUGCAGAGUGAGCUGACAGCAGACAGAGAGUCUCUACGCAGUGCUGAGUCACUCAGCACUGACCUGAUGAAGGAGAAAGCUUUACUGGAGAAGACUCUUGAAACACUCAGAGAAAACUCCGAGAGACAGAUGAAGGGUCUAGAGCAGGAAAAUAAGCAUCUGAGCCAGACAGUGUCGUCUCUGCGUCAGCGCUGCCAGGUGGGUGCCGAGGCCCGGGUCAAGGAUGUGGAGAAGGAGAAUCGUGUUCUCCACGAGUCCAUCUGCGAAACGACUGCCAAACUCAAUAAGAUGGAGUUUGAAAGGAAACAACUACGUAAGGAACUUGAGGUGAUGAAGGAGAAAGGUGAGAGAGCAGAGGAGCUGGAGAUUCAGAUGCAGAAGCUGGAAAGGGAUAACGAGAGCCUGCAGAAAAAGGUCGCCAGUCUUGGAAUCACGUGUGAAAAGGUGUCUUCUUUGGAGAAGGAGAACACGGAGCUGGAGGCAGAGGGCCGUCGUCUGAAGAAGAAGCUGGAUGCUCUAAAGAACAUGGCCUUCCAGCUGGAGGCUCUGGAAAAGGAGAACUCCCAGCUAGAGCAGGAGAACCUGGAGCUUCGGCGCUCGGCCGAGAGCCUCCGGUCGGCGGGGGCCAAGGCCGCUCAGCUCGAAGCCGAGAACAGGGAGCUGGAGAGCGAGAGGAGCCAGUUGAAGCGCAGCCUGGAACUGCUCAAGGCCUCAUCCAAGAAGACAGAGAGAUUAGAGGUGAGUUACCAGGGCCUAGAUACAGAGAACCAGCGUCUGCAGAAGGCUUUAGAGAACAGCAGCAAGAAGAUCCAGCAGUUGGAGGCAGAACUGCAAGAGGUGGAGACUGAGAAUCAAACUCUCCAACGCAACCUGGAGGAGCUCAAGAUCUCUAGCAAACGCCUGGAGCAGCUAGAGCAGGAGAACAAGACUCUGGAGCAGGAAAGCUCCCAGCUGGAGAAAGACAAGAAACUUCUGGAGAAGGAAAACAAGCGGCUAAGGCAGCAGGCCGAGAUCCGUGACUCCAAGCUGGAUGACAACAACCAGCGGAUCUCCUCAUUGGAGAAAGAGAAUCGAACCAUGGGCAAGGAGAUGAUCUUCUUCAGGGACUCCUGCACAAGGGUCAAAGACCUGGAGCGAGAGAACAAGGAGCUGGUCAAACAGGCCACCAUUGAUAAGAAGACCCUGAUUACACUCAGAGAGGAGCUUGUGAGUGAGAAGCUAAAGACUCAGCAGAUGAAUAACGAUCUGGAGAAACUGACCCAUGAGCUGGAGAAAAUUGGACUGAACAAGGAAAGGCUGCUGCUUGACGAGGGCUCAGAUGACAGGUUUAAGCUCCUGGAAACCAAACUGGAGUCAACUCUGAAAUCAUCUCUGGAGAUUAAAGAGGAGAAGAUUGCUGCCCUAGAGGCCAGACUGCAGGAGUCCUCGAACCUCAACCAGCAACUUCGCCAGGAACUCAAGACAGUGAAGAAAAACUAUGAAGCGCUGCGUCAGAGGGAGGAGGAGGAGAGGAUGGUGCAGAGCUCGCCCCCUAGAGGAGGGGAGGACCCUCAGUCUGUCAGUAAAUGGGAGAAGGAGAGCCAUGAAACCACCAGGGAACUGCUGAAAGUCAAAGACAGACUCAUUGAGGUGGAGAGGAAUAAUGCCACACUGCAGGCUGAGAAGGCAGCCCUGAGGAGCCAGCUCAAACAACUGGAAACUCAGAGCUCCAACCUGCAGGCUCAGAUAGUGGCCCUGCAGAGACAGACCGCCUCCUUACAGGAGAACAAUACAACACUGCAGACACAGAAUGCCAAGCUGCAGGUGGAGAACUCUACACUGAGCUCGCAGAGUGCAGCCCUCAUGGCCCAGAACGCCCAGCUGCAGAGUCAGCAGAGCAGCGUAGAAGGCGAGCGCGAGGGGGCGCUGAAGGAGAAAGAAGAGCUGAGGGCCACCUAUGAGCUGCUUCUCCGUGAUCACGAGAAGCUUGCGGCGCUCCAUGAGCGGCAGGCGGCUGAGUACGAGGCCCUGAUUGGAAAGCACGGCGGCCUGAAGAGCUCCCACAAGAGCCUGGAGCAGCAGCACAGGGACUUGGAGGACAAGUACAAGCAGCUCCUGCAGAGGAAGGGGGACCUGGAGGAGCUGGAGAAAAAUCUGAAGGAGCAGCAGGAAAAGAUGGCACUGGAGAACCAAACACACCAAGCCACAGCUGACCAGUGCAAACUGCUCAAAGAAGAAAAUGAUAGACUUAAUACUACCUAUCGUCAGCUGGUGAGGGACAAUGAGAAUCUCCAGCUGGACCAUAAGAACAUGAAGAGCCAGUUAAACAGCGCCAAGCUGGAGCAGACCAAACUGGAGGCUGAGUUCUCUAAACUGAAGGAGCAGUACCAACAGCUGGACAUUACCUCCACCAAACUCACCAACCAGUGUGAAUUGUUGAGCCAGCUGAAAGGAAACCUGGAGGAGGAGAAUCGUCACCUGUUGGACCAGAUCCAGACUCUGAUGCUACAGAAUCGCACGCUGCUGGAGCAGACCAUGGAGAGCAAAGAUCUGUUCCACGUAGAACAAAGACAAUACAUAGACAAGCUAAAUGAGCUGAGGAGACAGAAGGAGAAGCUAGAGGAGAAGAUCAUGGACCAGUACAAGUUUUACGACCCCUCACCUCCACGCAGGCGUGGCAACUGGAUCACUCUGAAGAUGAGGAAGCUGAUCAAGCCAAAAAGCCGAGAGAGGAUGCGUUCUCUCACGCUGACUCCAUCUCGCUCGGAGUCUGGCGACGGCUUUCUGACCUUUCCCCAGGAUAGCCAGGACAGCUCGUCCAUUGGCUCUGGCUCCAACUCGCUGGACGACGCACUCCAACAUAAGAGGAGCUCCAGGAGGAGAGGGCAGCAGUCCCAUGCCCAAGGGCAGGGUUCUUCCAAUGCUAUAAAAAGGUUGCCUUUCAUGAGGAACAGAUCCAAGGACAAAGACAAGGCCAAGGCCAUCUACCGGCGCUCCAUGUCCAUGAAUGACCUGCUGCAGACUAUGGCAGUGGCAGGCGGUCCAGGGGCUCAGUGGGCUGGCAGCUCCGAGAACCUAGACGGCGCUGAGGGCGGAGACGCCGGCAUGACAGGCAGAAGCAGGCGCGGCGGGCAACGCAUGAAGGAGCUCGCCUUUUCCACCAACGCCAUCGACUGUGCCGCCCUCACCCUGCCCUCUGCAGGGCACAGCAGGGCCAAGCUCCGGCUUCAAGUUAAAGAUAAUGUCUCCUGUGAGGAUGUUGCCGGCUCCUCAGAUGACCCCAAGAGUCAAGCCACCAGACCCUCCAGUCUCCAUAGCAACAGGACCACCAGUAGUAAUAGUAACAAUAACUCCCACCUCACUUCUCCUCUGGAGGGCAAAGGCACACUGAACGGCAGCCUCAGCCGACCUCACAGUGAGAGCAGCGGCGAGUUCAGCCUGAGCUUGGACCAGGACGUGUGGUCCAGCAGUGGCAGCAGCCCCGUCCAGCAGCCCACCUCCUCGCGCUCCUCCCACCAGAGCCCCCUGCAGCUGCGCAGGUCGCUCGACCCAUCCAGCGCCACGGGCAGCCCCGGCCAGACCCAGAUCAGGAAGACAGGAUCCCCAGGCAGCGAGGUACUUUCCCUGCAGCAGUUCCUGGAUGAGGGUAUUGAUCCUGCAGAGUCUGGCAGUCAGGAGAACCUCACUGUAGAUUCUCCUCGCCUCUCCACUUCCUCUGACCAUGUGCAGAAAGAGCGCACUUCCACAAAGGGCCGGGGCAUAUUACGCUCUUCCAGCGGGAAGGCAGCGCCGGUGAGCUCCGACCGCCCGCCGAGAUCCUCGGGACAACCAGGUCGCCCAACCCUGCGGAAGGCGGAGAGCACCCGCGUGAAAGGCUCCGUCCCCAUCCGCUCCAGCCUGUCCUCACAGGGCAAGGCCACGUCCGUCUCGGAACGCCUGGACUCCGCUUCCUCCACGCUGCCCCGAGCCAGCAGCGUCAUCUCCACGGCCGAGGGCACCACGCGGCGCACCAGCAUCCACGACCUGCUCUCCAAGGACAACCGGCAGCCUGUGUCGGUCGACGUCUCUCCUCCCGUCGCCUCCACCAAGGCUGGGGUGCGCUCCCAGCCUACACCCAGUGAGUACCACCCCAUCAGCACCAACCUAAAAGGAUCCCUUAUCACCACCACCACCACUCCUCUGCCCAAGUCACUCAGCUUACCUUGCCAUAGCUCGGAGGAUCCUGACCUCUCCACCCUCGAGUCUUUCCUCGGCCCUUCCUUCACUGUAGACUCAGUGUUCAUGGACUCCAUCUUUAGUGAGUCAGCAGGCAAAAACCUCCCCUUCCUGUCUCUAAACCCCACCCUAGUCAGCAAUAUCAGUGGUCCACCUGUAACAAAUAAAACCUCACCUGUCCCACCUGUCGCAAACCACAUUUCCACCCAAAACCAGACCCCUCACAGCCAAUCAAACGGCCAGAUGAGGUCCAGCCCAGCCAGUCUGAAAGAGUAUAGGGAGGGCGUUGACCCCAAUCUUGUGAAUAAUCCAGACCAGUCACUGAGCCCAGAGGACAACCAGUCUCUGUGGUACGAGUAUGGGUGUGUGUGAAUGACAGGGAGGUUCUGGCUUGCUGAUCUUUAUACCAGACUUGACUUAGAGUGGAGAAUGAAAGGAUGGAUAAAUGACAAAUCCUCCUCCUCCUGCAUGAAUUUAUCAGAGCACUGUCUAUCUCUGUGUGGUGUAUUGGUUUCAUGCUUUUCUGUUUGCCAUGGUGCUGAUUGGUGAUUUGCUGUUUUGUUUAUCUUAUUUUUAUUUUUAUUUUGUCACUUCCUGUUCUGACCUUUUUUCUGUCCUGUUCUGUUCUCUAUGGUUGGACUUUGAUGAAUGUUCUUCCGUCCAACAGGCCUUUACCAUAUUAUUGUUUCCUCAUCAAAUCUGUUUCAUUAGCUAACACUAUACUAUUAUCUGCUGUAGCGGGUUUACACAUCACAGUUAAGGCUUAGUAUCUGGACAAAUGUUUGAGUUUCAGCCAUAAAGAGCACCAGAAAUAGCUGUUUCUGGAUAAGGAGCAAAGCAUUGUGGGACAGAUCUCAUGCUAGCAAUUUAUUUCAAUAUGUCAGAUAAUAGAUUCACUUGUCACUACUUGUUUAUCAUUGUGUUGCAGUGUAUGGGAGCGCGUCUUUCUCACUGCUCUUAACUCAGUUGCAUUAUCCACUAAAUUGCAUGGCUUUAUUCUGUCUGACCUGAAACGCUCAUUUUGAUUACUGUGAUCAAAAUGUUUAUGUUUAUCCUCUUUUUGUUUUCUAUUGACGGUUUGUAUUGUGUUUGUUUGUACAUUUGACCCCCUUUUUCUGUAUUUUUUUUUUUUUUUUUAACAUAUAUUAACUGGAGCAUUUGCUCUGUGGAUGAUGGGUUUUGACCUGGCGGACUUCUUGGGCUGGUGACAAAAUGAUGAAGCUUCAUUCCCAGAAUGAUCUGAAGGGAGGAUUUAGUUGGUUAAGUGAAAGUUGACAGUGAAGGUAGAGGAAUAUGACCAGAGUGAUUAUUACAUUUUAGUUGUAGGCAGUUUCUGAUGGACUUAUUGAAACAGGGAGUCAUUACAGUAAGUUGAGAGUAGUCUGCAGUGGUCAGAUUGUUUUGUGAAUGAAGCUAACAUCAUUUCUUUUGGUAUCUUGAAACUUUUAUUUACCCAUCCCUGACAUGCCACAACUUGAGAAUGGUUAAUAUUUGAUAAUGUAUUUAGACUGACAAGAUCUUGUACAGAUUGUUGUAAUCAUUAAGUUAUAAUCAAAGACGAGCACUGUUUUAUGUGCCAAUACUAGUAGAACCGUCUGCAUCUAGAUCCUUAUUUAUUUCUGCUUUUGUACUCUGUAGUCACAGUUUUGAAGUUGCUUUAUUGUAUUUAUCCUGAUCUACAGUAUAUGCAGGUAUAAAGUAGGUGGAAAUUAUGAAAAUGUUCUUGUCACUGUCUACAGAUGUAACAUAAACAUUGCCUUUGUCCUACAGAUGAGGAGGGCAGAAAGUCAAAAAGCAGGAGUGGGGAGCCGCAGCAAAGCUGCUAAACCCCUCCCUUCCCUUCACCCUCGUCUGUCUGCUACCAUGCUGUGAGCGCGUGGUGAGUGAGUGCUGCUCGAGCGGGAGGAAUAUAUGGGGUGGGAUGGUGGAGGUGGUGGAGGGAGGGUGGGAGUUUUUUCUUGUCUCCAUGGGAACCUAAAACAUGGUGUAACAGAUGUCGCCCAUCCUGCCGUGCGCUUGCCUCCCCUGCUUCUCUAAGCUGUUACCCCAAAGCACCCCCACCCCAGACCCACCCCAACCCCCUUCCCCUCACUGUCCUGUCCGUUGCCUCACUGUCCCUGUGGUGCUAAACGCCUGUUCACAGAACCUGAUGGGACCUGGGUCUGCAUGGCAUAUGGGCCAUUUUACCAUGUUGUGUCCCCAAGUCCCCCCACAGCAAGAGGAGCUCACUGUGUCCCUCCUCCUCCUCCUCCUUCCGUGAUGCUUUUUGUGUUUUGGGUAAAGGUGACUGCUGAGUGUCCUGCUGGAGGAAAAAAAGUAGGCCCUUUACUGUUUUCAGGCUGCUCAUUGUUGCUGCAUGGCUUUGGUGUAGCGCUGAAAUCCUUCCCCUCUUCUCCUUUCCUCGACAAUGCAUGUAGAUCCAGGCCGGCUGCUGUCUCCUCUUGUGCUUCACUGACUGUCUUUACUGAUACAAUUUCUGACUUAAACUUUCUUCUUUCUCUGUUUUUUACUUUGUCUUCCUUUGUGUUCUGUCUUCUUUCUCCUUAGCUUCCUUAUUUUUCUAACCUGUCUCCUUUUCUUUCUUUUCUUACUCUUUCCACUCCUCUUUGCUUGCCUGGGACUCAGAGAGAAAGGUGGCCUUGGAGAUGUGUGUCUGAAGCCUAGUAGAGUUAAUCUGCUGAGACCGUCUGCAGUGAGAAAAGAUUGUAUAUCCCAGUUUCCUUUUUCUUCCCCCCCCCUUUUUUUUUGUUGUUGUUUUUUUUUUAAACCCAGAACACUUCAGUAGAGAAAAGUGGCUUCCUUCUCUGUUUUGUUUUUCUUCCUUGAAUCAAGGAAACGAAAAAAAUACUAAAAAAUGUUGCGGUGAGAGUUUUUUUUUCUAUAAAGACUGCUGUGGCAGAUUGCACUGCCAUGUGUCCUUCAGUGUGUCGGACUCCUAGAUGUGCACUAGUCUCCACGGACUAAGAUUGAAGUGCCAAUGUUCACACAGCAGCCAAAAGGGCGAUCUCAAACCAGACUGAUGACUCCGUUUUGGACCCUUUGUGCAAAAUCGUCAGCCGCACCUUCCUCUGCCCGAUGCCACGAUCACAAGAAAACAAGUGUUUUUGUAAACGGGCAGCAUGCACAAGCAAAGACGAAACAUUUUCAAAGCAUGUCCGCACAAACGUUUCCGACUCAACCUACUGUCAGACCGAAGAAUCACAAUCUGCAUGGAGCAAUCAAUCAGCCAAUCACCCCAACUUCCUUUGCCCGAUUAAAGAGGACGGACAGUGUUAAGUGGGGAUUUUAAUUGCCAGGAUGCCAAAAGGACUUGGACUGGAAGCCAUUGCAGCUGUGUGAUUGGCAUUUGCCAAUCAAGAGUGAAGGUUGUGUGAUCUGGGAGAGAGAGAAAGAGAGAGAGAGAGAGAGAGUCAUCUUGGGAGCGUUACAGGUCACCUAUGUGACAGUUGACAGCCAUGGCUUAUGUCACCGCAGAGAAACAAACCCUACGCGCUCGCCAUCUUCGCUUAAAUUAUAUAUCAUCGUACAGCAGGUCAUUGACCAAAUCACAUGAAAGCAUCUCAUUUACAGUUACCUGUCCUGCUCUGAGACGGAAAAUAAGACCAUAAAAGUACACUGACACUUCAUUAAUAUCACAGUAUUGUGUAUCUACUUUCUGAGAAGGCGCUCACUGUUUAUAAAUCUGACUGAAGUAUAGGUGACCUGCAACUUGCCCGGUAAAAUACAGAACGUUCACAUUUCUGUUGCUGUGAUGUUGAACAUGAUGAUGAUGAUGAGACCCAGUGUUUUCCUCCUUUUCCACUUUUACAUAAAUCCAUUUGAUGUAAUUAAAACUCAUCAAGACUA